AUGACCUCUUUCAUUCACUCACGGUGGGACCUGUCGGUGCUUGAAAUCUCAGAGCCUAACCAGCUCCCGCAAACGCCCCCGAGCAGGACACAGGCAGCGGACACUUUCCUACCAUAUCCAAGCUCGACGGCCUCUGGCUCCUCUACAUCAGGAAGCCCAGUUCAAUCUCCGCAAGAACCAAUACCGAGUCUUGUUUCCCAGCUUCAACAGUUUCAUGGCCUCACGAAAAAAAAGGUCUAUGGAGCCAGGCCUAUUCGAAAGCCUUUUGUUUCCGGCGAGGUUUACCAUGGUGAUCCAGUCAAUCGUAAAUCCCUAUCGCUAUCACCAGAGUCGAGCCCAUUGACGACCACGAACCAUGGCGGCAAAGCUUCCUCUCCGUCGACAUACGACCGCUCUACCCGCCGAUAUGGAUCUCCUUCUGUGGACUCGCGCCCUUAUCCAAAGUCCAGAGGCUCGUAUGACACAGCGACCGCUUCCAACACACCGUCCCAAAUUUGUGACCCAUCAUGGCUCCGUCAAAACCGUGGCGUUAGCGGUGGAAGUGUAUCUUUACCUGGCAGUCCACCCCCUUAUGUUUCUCUAACUCAUGCACCACCAGAUUACACCCAACCAGGAUCCCCUUGGGGCGGCGCCAGUGCUUCGCCAGCUGCGGCAACGACUUCUUAUGAGUUCCCAUCGGUUUCAAGCGAUUAUACUCGGUCCCCAACCACGUCAGUUAGUCACCGCGGCCACCACCAUGUAUCACAUCCGCCAUCUACCGCACCAGCCACGUAUUCUCAUACUACUCCAAAUUCGCCGGUCGACGGAGAGCACUUCUUACUUCCACUUCAACAGCAAUCAUCGACCUUCUUGAGCGGCGGCUCGCACGUCCAGUCUGAAGGCGUCACGGAUCCAUCCCGCCACUACCACCCUCACCCCGUGGAGCCUUUCUCGCACCCUCCCACUUUCGCUAACACCACUUCAGUGGGUAGUGAGACUGAGCAGACGUUGGAGACGGAGAAGGGAUUAUUCAAUGAGAAUCCGGAAACAAUGACUUUGGAUCCCAAUGUAUACCGGAACGAACUCCUCUCACACCUCGCGGGACCAGCUACCACGGCGAAUCAUUACGUCCCAUCGAUAUAUGGAACUCCACCUCAUGAGACGACGGCGAACUUUGACAAUGCUAAGGAAUCAUUACAUUCUACGGGCGAGCUCGAGUGCGCCGCCGGAGCGGGAACGUCAUCCCAGAGCCUUUAUCCUUAUGAGGAUUGGCAAUCGAGGGAACAACAUUUCUAUACUACACAGUAUCCUCCAAGCCCCGCAGGAUCUCCUUCGAAAAAUAGUGCGAGACUCCUUCCGGGAAGUAACUCGCUGACGAACUGGGCAGGUUAA